GCCUCUUCAUCAGGACCCCGCCGCAGCCUGUCGGUACUUCAUUGAGCGGUGAUUGAAAGCGGGUUGAUUUGCGCUGCGCCGCUCGAAGGAUCCCCCGAAGCAAACCGCCGCUCACGCGUCGCUCCGCGCUUUUGUUGACCCGCCGGGCACCUUGAAUAUCACCGAUCCGCCCGGUCAGAACAUUGUGUCCUCUCGUGGGGGAAAAUGACUGCCAAGCAUCGGAAAGGGAAAAGCAACCACAAACAUGAAGACAACUUUUUCAAAAAUGAAGUGGCGGAGUCCGAAGUUCGCGCUGGAGCGAGUAAUUACACUCUCCUGCUGGUUUUAUUUCUGAUGAUUGUAAUAGGCGGUGCCACUAGCGCGUGGUUCUGUUUCCAGCAGCACCAAACUUUAACCUACUUAACAGACAAUCUCAUGGGCAUGCAGAUGAAAAUAGUGAAGCUGCAGUCCUCCCACGAAGAAAUGCGACAGUCCAGCGAUAAGCAGCAUGUGUCAGAGAGUCUGGAGACCCGCCUGAGUGCCCUGGAGGAGUCUUAUGCACUGGCCCAGAAACAGGUGGGCAUGGCCUUGGCUACAGCCGAGCAGCUCAGGACGUCUGACCUCCCCGCUCAGGUGCUGUCGCUUCACACAGAGAUGAAAGCCCGCCUGGCAGAGAUGCAGCAAGCCACCGUGUCUCUGGAGCAGCUGAGCCAGCUGCGGACCAUGCUGAAGGGGAAGAGUGAGGAGUUUGAGGGGGUCAGGAUUCAGGUGGACGGCCUGGCCACGCUCAGCGCCGAGCUAUCCCACAAGGUCGAGGUCUUGACGGGGAGCCUGGGAGAAGCGGAAUCAAAGCUGGAGGAGAGAGCUGGGCAGGUCACCGCGCUGAGCGCCACCCUGGACGGACAGGCAGCCGAGGUGCUCGGGCUGAAAGAGCAGCUGCACACCUACCAGGCUCAGCUUGAGGCUGGCACGCUGGAGAUGGCUGCUGUCAGAGAGUUACUUGAGCAUGAGCAGUCCCAGCGGGUCCAGCAGGCCAGUGUGGAGGAGCAGCUCGAUACGCUGGUGGGAGAAACUCAGCCUCCUGCUGAGCCUGAGGAACAGACAAAGGAAGAGACAGCUCCCACAGUUGAAGAAGAAGAAGAAGAAGGAGAAGCAGCUGCAGCAACUGAAGAAGAGGAUGAAGAGGAGGAGGCACUUCCUGCAGAUGUAGAAACAGAGGCAUCCAAUGUAGAAGAAGAGCUAGAACCAGAGCAAGAGCCAGAGGCAGAGGCUGAGCAAGAGGCAGAUGAAGGAGAGGAGGCGAGUGAAGGAGAGGCAGCUGCACAGGAUGAAGCUCCUGUCGAGCAGGAGGACUCUGUGACAGAUGAAACUGCUCCUGCAGAGGAGGUGGAGGUGGAGGCGGAGGCAUUAAAGGAGGAUCAGACGGAGCAAGAGGAGUCGGACGCCUUAUCAGAACAGGAGGGAGUGGAUACGACAGAGACAGCAGAGGAGGGACAAAGCAUAGAGGAGGAGAUGCCCGAGGAGGAGGCGGCUCAGGAAGAGCCGACACCCGAGGAGGAGAAACUUAAUGUAGAGGAGGAGGCGUCGGAGGGGGAUGAAGAACAGCAGGAUGUCGCAGCUGAAGAGGAGAGCCACAGUGAAGAGGAGGUGGAUGAAGAAGGCGAGGAGCCAUUCGAAAAUGAUGCUUCACCAGGGGAAGAAUAGUUCAUAUCACCAGAAAGUGGAUUUUAUUCCACACCGGACACACCCACCGAGGAGAACGGGAACUUUGUCAGUCUGAAGUCACAGUCUACAACAUGACAAAUACUGUGGGAAGGCAUUAUUGAUUGCUGUUGUUUAGGUGCAGUAUUCAUUAUGCGGUUGCUCUUUGAAAGGCAGACCUAGUUAGAAGAAACCUGUCACUAUGCUGCAGUCGGAGCUGAAACCUGUACCUCAAAAUAUCAGAUGGCUGUUAAGUGAGGAAAUGAGUAAUUCAGGGUUUACCUGCCAAUAAUGACCUCAAAAGCCUUAAUCAAAAAAAAAAAAAAAGUGACUCUCUUUCUACAGAUCGUUUUCCACUCUUCAUAAGUGGCACUUUUCCUUUUUUUCUUUUAAAUCAAGGUCUCUGUACUAAACUGGAAAACUAAAAGCCAAUGAUAUAACAAGAAGCCAUUGCAUAAACUGUUUAUCGAUGCACUUGAAGCCAUAAGUAAUGCCUGUCUUGGUGAGAUUAAAAUGUGUUUUUUUUUUUGUCACUGAUAUGAAAUGUAUGGUGAGACAAUAUUUUAGACGAGUUGCAGUAACUUAAUGUGUCCCAGUUGUUUACACAGACAAAACUAAAGAGCUAGCAAAAAGGAAAAAAAAAAACAUCCCUGAAGAAGAAUUCCUGAAUGUUUUUAAAGAAUACGACAAACUGUAGUUGAUAGAUUUUUUACUUUUUAAAGUGCAUCUCUGUGUUUCAGUACUUAAAAACUGGAGGUUCGCUUGAUUUAGUUUGGCUCGUUGUAUUUUUUGCACUUUUUUUGUACGAUUCCAGUCAGACAGAACACACCUGUAGCAUUGUAAGAUAACGUGGUGUAAAAGUCCUCUACCAAGAACUGUUUGGUUUCAUCAUCAUCCUACAGCUUUAGUAUUUUUUAUUCAAACCUACAUCAUUGAGUCAGUUCAGAGUUUGCAUCAUUUAGUGCUGCUGUGUGUCUUCAAGGAAUAACAGCAGAUAUUCUAUGCAAUACUGUCACUACUAAUAGUGUUUUCACUGACUUUGGAAAGUAAAGAAGAGCUUAGUGAAGCACCUCAGGGAGAAGUUGCUCUCCAAAUGGAUGGAAAACCAUCACAGUGAUGUACCGCAGCUACCUUGUGAGGGAUAUUUUCAAAACCAAGUAAUUUUCCUCCAAAACACCACCAAUUAGACCUAAGUUGACCGCACCAAUUAAUUUGUGUCAUGUGAACACGUUCAGUGACCGAAUAAAUCAGUUUUGCAGCAGUUAUCACAACUUUAAUGACAAAACCAGUCCUUUGACUAAACAGUACCAGAAUUUCACAGUCAAAAAUGGGAAUUCUUCUUUACAGAUGACAAUUUAACUACAAAUAACAGCCACAUGAUGUUAGUGCAACAGUUCAUCCAACCAGAGUCCAUGUGAAAUACACAUGUUCAGCUACAUAUGAGCCACAUAUGAGAACUAGAGAGUCAAUCUCGAGUUUUUCAGCAGGACACUGACUCUACACGUGAAUCCAGGCUACACCUGGACUGUGAAAUCUGAAGGAGGAGCAAGGAGUGCCUGUCUGUGUUCAUGGCUCUUCUGUCUGCUGCCACCAGAUCUCAACCCUGCUGAACCUGUCUGGGAACAUUCGAAACAAAUAAAGGGUGAAACAUACAGUCGCAUCAUCAGACUGUGUAAGAAAAUGGAUUUUCUUUGGAUGCUCUGCUGCACCGUGCAAACUGUGAUAAGGCAAAGACCAAACAUAUCAAAUCUAAUAUUAGAUAUAUUGUUGUAUUAAUUGCCUCUUCGGAGACUUGGCUAAUGUGUGUGUAGACAUGCUUCACUAGUGAUUCAACAGAGUUCUUGGUAGUGAGACUUUUGGACAACACUGUGCAUUUUUACUAAGCCUGAUAUUCAAUUUUACAAAAUGCACUGUUUUUGCCAAGACAUUGGUUACUUUCAAUAUGACACUUCUCACAUUGUCAUGUUUUUAAAAUAAACCCUGGUUCUUUCACUUUUGUAUUCUGGAUUCUGUGCUGUGCUGAUUCAUAUUAAAUU